CGGUGCUUUCGUUACCACAGGUUCUUCUGUGCCAUUCUUUGAUUAUACAUCACCUGCUCCCUAUCACCUGCUCUUCAUAUCGCACAUGCUGGCCAUGUUCGCAAUGUUGAGAUCUGGCUUUAGCAUGAUGCGCUGGCUACACACCGACCGGCAGUUGGCUCGAGAAAGACUCCAACAAGGCGGCUACUUCGUCUUGUCCUACCUGUUGUCCAUCGUCACGCCUAUAUUCUUUGUCGGCUGGUCCCUGAAUUGUUUUAUAUUUGAGAUGUUGAUAGCAGGCUUUGGCUCCCAAAGCAUGAUCUGCCGCGCCGUCACUGCGCUCUGGCUGGUCCCAGUGUCCCAGUAUAUAGUAUUUUGUAAAUGUAAGAUGUAAGUCAUUAUUGAUUUGAUACAAGUAAAUAAUAUGUAGACACAGUGAAGCAAGGCACCAAAGGUGCCCCCAGCAGAGCACUUCGUGCCCUGCUUGCUUCCUGUGCCGAAGGCACAACGGGUGUGGACAGGUGUGGACUCGUUUCAACCAAAGGGGAGGAAAUCCGGCGGAACCCG